AUGGGUGAGGAUACACCCCAGGCUCAGCCCAGUUGUCAGAGGAGCCGGGGAAGACUUGCCAAUGUCCUGGUGGGAACAGGACAGAGCAAAUGGGUUCAUUUUCUCCUGCUGGCAAAACAUCCAGGAGCUCCGUCUGCAAGAGCUGGUGUCAGACAGAGACAGAGGCUCCUCGGCAGCCCCCCGGGCGCCGAGUACCCAGACCUGCGGAAGCACAACAACUGCAUGGCCAGCAGCCUGACACCAGCCAUCUAUGCCAGGCUCUGUGACAAGGCAACCCCAAAUGGCUGGACCUUGGACCAGUGCAUCCAGACAGGUGUCGACAAUCCCGGUCACCCCUUCAUCAAGACUGUGGGCAUGGUAGCUGGCGAUGAAGAAACCUAUGAGGUGUUUUCUGACCUGUUUGACCCCGUGAUUCAGGACCGGCACAAUGGGUACAACCCCCGCACCAUGAAACACACCACAGACCUGGAUGCGACCAAGAUAAAGUUUGGGCACUUUGAUGAGCGCUACGUGCUCUCGUCCCGGGUCCGGACUGGGCGCAGCAUCCGCGGGCUGAGCCUGCCACCAGCCUGCACCCGCGCUGAGCGGCGAGAGGUGGAGAAGGUGGCCGUGGAGGCGCUGAACGGCCUCACUGGAGACCUGGCAGGCCGGUACUACCGCCUCAGCGAGAUGACGGAGAAGGAGCAACAGCAGCUCAUUGAUGACCACUUCCUCUUCGACAAGCCGGUGUCCGCCCGGGACUGGCCCGACGCCCGAGGGAUCUGGCACAACAAUGAGAAGACCUUCCUGAUCUGGAUCAAUGAGGAGGACCACACACGCAUCAUCUCCAUGGAGAAGGGUGGCAACAUGAAGCGUGUCUUUGAGCGGUUCUGUCGGGGCCUGAAGGAGGUGGAGCGGCUAAUCCAGGAGCGAGGCUGGGAGUUCAUGUGGAACGAGCGGCUGGGUUACAUCCUGACCUGCCCCUCCAACCUGGGCACUGGGCUGCGAGCAGGUGUCCACAUCAAGCUGCCGCUGCUCAGCAAGGAUAGCCGCUUCCCUAAAAUCUUGGAGAACCUGCGGCUACAGAAGCGUGGGACAGGCGGUGUGGACACUGCAGCUACUGGCAGCGUCUUUGACAUCUCCAACCUGGACCGACUGGGGAAGUCAGAGGUGGAGCUGGUGCAGCUGGUGAUAGAUGGUGUGAACUACCUGAUUGACUGUGAGCGGCGGCUGGAGAAGGGUCAGGACAUCCGCAUCCCCUCCCCGGUGCCACAGUUCCGGCACUGAGUUGGUCCAAGGCAGCACCAUCCCCGUGGGACCCAGCUCCUCCCUCAAUAGCUUACAUGAUAUCUGUGCCCAGCAUGUCGCUGAGUCCUGUUACCCGCAACACGCCAGGCCAGACCCCAUAAACGUGCGCUGCUGUA